UGGACAUGGAGGAAUGGUUUCCAGAGCAGACUAGAGACGGGACUGGUGUGUGACACCAGGUAACCUGUGCAUCUGCACUUCAGGGGCAUUUAAACACCAUAUCUGUUUUAAUUAGAGCACAUUGAUGGAGUUUACAUGGACUACUUGAUGUUGGAAGGACUUUGAGACUUUGAGUGAAACACUGCAGGAACGAGGUGGACAUGAGGGUGAGCCGUGCACCGCCCCGGGACUAGAGCCCAACCCUGCAGACCUGACCCCGGCCCCCCACAUGGCUACCGGGGGCUCUGGGAAGUCCUCGGGCGAGGCCUCCGGCGGGGCCCUGGGGGCCGGCGUGCAGCAGAGGAAGCGCCUGGCGUCCGUCUGCGACACCUGCAAGGGCCGGGUGCAGCUGGUGGCCGACCUGCUGCUGCUGUCCAGCGAGACCCGGCCGGUGGCGGCGUCGGACGGCUCGCCGCUGGCCGACACCUUCGAGCAGUGCCGCGACACGGUGAUCGCGCGCACCAAGGAGCUGUCCAUCCUCACCCACGACAUCCAGAGCCAGCUGAACAUGGGCCGGUUCGGCGAGGCGGGGGACCGCCUCCUGGAGAUGGCCGACCUGGUGGUGUCGCUGACCGAGUGCUCGGCCCACGCCGCCUACCUGGCGGCGGUGGAGAGCCCCGGCUCGCAGCCCUGCCAGCCCGGCCUGGUGGACCGCUACAAGGUGACGCGCUGCCAGCACGAGGUGGAGCAGAGCUGCCACGCCCUGCGUGUGGCGCCGCUGCCGGACCUGACCCCCCAGCUGCUGCUGGAGCUGUCCCAGAACAUCUCGGCCAACCUCAGGACUCUGACGGACAUCUCCUCGCAGGCCAGCGAGCGCUCGCGGGACCGCUUCGCCAAGGAGCAGUUCAAGCUGAGCGUGAAGAGCAUGAGCACGAGCGGCACGGCCUUCCUGGCCUGCGUGCGCGAGGUCAAGAGCCAGCCCAGCGAGCUGACGCGCAACCGCUGCGCGCUGUUCAGCACAGCGCUGCUGCACGCCGUCGCCGCCCUGGUGGGCUUUGCCACGGAGCCGCAGUUCCUGGGCCGGGCGGCCGCCGUGACGACGGAAGGGAAGGCGGUGCAGACGGCGGUGCUGGGCGGGGCCAUGAGCGUGGUGUCGGCGUGCGUGCUGCUCACGCAGGGCCUGCGCGACGUAGCGCAGCACCCCGACGGGGGCACCAGGACGGCGGAGUACCGCGAGCGGCUGCGCAGCGCGGCCUGCGCCGUGUCGGCCGGCUGCACGCUGCUCACGCAGGCGCUGAGGGAGCGCACGUCGCCGCGCACGCUGCCGCCGCUCAACUCCCACUCUGUGAAUUAGUUUCAGGGGACGAGCGAGUCGCCGGAGUACGCGGGCGGGGCCGGACGCGGAGAGCAGCGCCCGCAGGGCCCGCAGGGCCCGCAGGGGGCCGUGGACUUCGCAGCCAUCCUUUUUUUUGUGUUGAAAUGACAAAAUAAAAUAGAGAAAUAAUCCGUUUCCCGUUUUUUGUUUUGAUAAUAAAAAACGGAAAACGGAUCUUUAUCCGUUAUCUUUUAUCUGUUAUCCGAUUUCAUUGAUGUGUUUGAAAAUCGAAAUUGGGAAUUGAAACAGCGAGUAGAAAACUCUUUUCUCUAUUUCCUAUUCGUUUCCAACAGUAUGUUAGAGUUCAGUACAUGUUAUUGAUUAUUGAUUGGACGCUGCAGCUGAACGGACUGUCACAACAUCACUGCAGUUUCAUGACGGAGUGAAGACAGAUUACAGAUUAAACUCAUGUUUCACUCCCAGGUUUCAGAUUUGAUUUAUUUUCUGUUUCAACAUUAAAAAAAUCUAAAACUGUUAAAUUUCAAUCUGAUCAACAAAAGAACCAGAAACAACUUUCUU